AUGAGAAUUCGUCCCGCCAGCAGCAUUCCACCCCAACAUCAGAACCUAUUUCCAAUCCAACCCUACCAAAAGUGGGGUUGUCGGGAUGUCCGCCAAAUUGACCAGGGUGCAAAAAGUGUGGACAUACUGAUCGCAUCUGAGCAUCUCACGCAACAGAUCCUGAUCUCUUUUCCAAAUGAUAGACGGUGUAGGUUGCGCAUUUGCCAAAUGAGCAAAUUAGGCAACAUAUAUGGAGAGCAUGAACUUCUUCCUCGAUUCUUCCUUACUCCAUUUCACCGAGGACAGCAGCUGGUGAAAGUACAGCACACAGAAUUCUACUCUCAGAUUCAGUCAUGCUUCUUGCCAUAG